AUGGCUACAACGAAUUCAGUUAAGAAUCCAGUCUUUGAAGAACUUGCAGUUAUACAAGCAAGUUUUAAUAAAUUCCCAAACCCUAGCGAUUCUUCUGGUUCCAUUAAGUGUCGCGCUUCAAUAAGCGAUGGCUCCCGUCGCUGCCGUAAGGAAGGCUGUCGAAAAGACGAACGGCAACAAGUUAAAGACCUGUUUUCUGAGUUCACAAAUAUGACUGAUUGUCCUCAAACGGAAGAUUUCCAUCAAAAGAUGGAAAUAUUUAUCACUUAUACACACUGUCUUUUACACCGCGAGAAUGCUCUCAAAACUUUCAGCGAAUGGAAAAAGGGACGGACAGCGGCCGCUGCUAGUCUACCACCACCAUCUCCACCUCUAUCUCCAUCAAUAUCUCCAUCUGCGUCCCCAUUUUCAUCAUCUGACGAUAUUUUUUCAUCAUCAAUGUCUCAGACCAGCGACACAACGUCUCAAACAUCAUUUUUAGGUGACUCCAUUUGCGCAGAACCAGUUUCGGAUUAUGAGUCAGACGGUGCUGGUGAAAAUCACACGAAGAACAUCGCCAAAGAGACAAUUUCUGCCGCAACAACUAUCAAAAAUGUUUAUUUUGAGACACAUACCAAAAAAGGGGGCCACAAGAUAAGAUAUGUAAUGCCUGGUGUUGGUACUGUUGUUAGCCCUCGACGGAUGCCAUCAUUGAGAGACCAUGCGCCGGUAUUCCAAGUUAUAUACAGCCACCCAGGCGAGUCAAUGAUGCAAGAAGGGUUUGUUUAUAUCUUUAAGCAUAUGGAAAGGCCGAAUUUAUUCAAGAUUGGGUUCUCCACAAAGGGUGCAGAAGAGAGAUGGCGCCAGUCUAAGUGUUACGGAACUGACACGGAGAUCAUCUAUGAAACUAAACGGAAGUUUCGCGGAGCGCGGCAAGCUGAGAAAAUUAUACAAACUUGGCUAUGUCACCAAAAUGUCUUGAUUAAGUCAUGUGUGCAUUGCGGAGGGGGCCACAAAGAAUGGUUCGAAGCGCCUAGAGAGGACAUAUUCAAAGCCGUUGAGGCCAUAGAAGCCUUUGUCCAGAUGCCUGCAUACGUUCAGACUGAUGGAGUAUGGAAGCUCUCUGCUGAGGCAUACAAAAUAGUCGGGCCAAUGUGCCACUUUGAUCCACCAGCACUGUUGAAAGGGAGGUGCGCCGUUGAAAAAGAGAACAAAGAAGCUGAAUCACCUCAGGUGACCCCGGAUGCCACGCCAUCGAAAGAUACCGAAGAGGCAGAUAUUUGUGAGAAUUCUGAUGCGACUGGUCAAAACACACUUCCGAAACCUCCAGGAGAUGGAGGUGAAGUUGAGGAAGACAGUGUUACGGCACUUAUCCGCCAACUAUUUGGGAAGCUGCAAAUAUCUGUGAAGGCCGCUUUGGAAGUAAAGGCAGAAUGGACCCUCUGA